AUGAUCAAGAAAGACCAAAACCCUCAGUACUUCUCAAUCAAAUGCACUUCAUCAAACUCAGCUCCAACAGAACCUGAUGACAAUGAGUCCUCCUCACUCCCAACUCCACCUUCCACAACCCUAAACAACUCAGACUACCCUAUCGAAAAGCGAAGAAGAUCUCAAAUAAUCCGCGAAAGAAAGGCCAAAACCGACCUUGUGAAAGGUGAGCCACCAAACUAUGAAGUGGGGUGGAAAAGAACCAAAGAGAUAAAGCUAGAGAAGCCUGUAGGGUAUGUGAUAAUGGACUUUUUGGACAAGUUGGUGGAGUUAAUGGAUAAAGAGUUUGGUUCAACUGCGCUUUUGGCGAAGGCCGGUGAAAUAGUGGCAGAGAGAGCAAGAGAAGAGGCUGAGGUUCUGAGAGACGAAGGGAAAGUGGAGGAUAGAAUGGUGACUGAGUUGUUUAGAGUUUUGAGAUUGAUGGAGAUGGAUUUGGCUAUGGUCAAAGCUGCUGUUAAAGAAGAGACUUUGAAUGAGAGACUUGAGCAGGCUAAGGCAAGGUGUAGACAAGCAAUACUUGUUGCUAAUUCUUUUUGA